AUGAUUCAGCUUAUCCAAAGGUUGCAUCGUGGAAUACCAGCAUCAGUGAUUGCUGCUCAUGGGACGGUGUCACUUGAGAUUGGUCUUGACCUCAGUAGCAGCUUUCUGUCUGGUUUUAUCAACUCCAGCAGCACCCUCUUCCGCCUUGUUCACCUUCAGACACUCAACCUUGCUGACAAUUACUUCAAUGAAUCUCAAAUCCCUUCUGCCAUUGGACUUCUUUCGAGGUUAACUUAUCUCAAUCUCUCAUUUUCCAUAUUUGCUGGUCAAAACCCAUUGGAAAUUUCAAGUUUAACCAAAUUAACUUUUCUUGAUCUCUCAAGAAAUUCAACGGAGCUCCUUAAGCCUGGUCUAACAAGCUUAGUUCAAAAUGUGACGGGUUUAAAAGAACUUUACCUCAGUGGGGUGAACAUGUCUUCUACAGUAACUCACAAUUUGGCUAAUUUUUCAUCUUUAACUUCUCUGUUUCUACAAAGUUGUGAAUUACAAGGUGAAUUUCCACCAGGCAUUUUUAAGUUACCAAACCUACAGUUUCUCAGCGUGCAAAAUAAUCCAGAUCUCAACGUGUACUUGCCUGAAUUCCACAUGAGGAGUCCACUCAAGAAAUUGGAGCUGGGGAGCACAAACUUUUCUGGAGAGCUGCCAAAUUCAAUUGGAAAUCUCUACUCGUUGAAUGAAUUGGACAUCUCAGGAUGCACCUUUUCAGGUUCAAUACUGUCAGCUUCAAUUGGUAACCUUGCACAACUCCUUUAUUUGAGCCUUUCCGGAAGUAACUUUUUUGGAGAACUCCCAAAUUCAAUGGGACAACUUAAAUCCUUGAAUCGUUUGGAGAUGUCAAGAUGCAAUUUCUCAGGGCCAAUCCCGUCUUGGUUUGGUCAGAUACCUUCUUCCUUUGGUAAUUUUACACAACUCCAAAAUCUUCGACUUUCUUUUAAUUUGUUGCAUGGCCCAAUUCACGAGUCAAUCUCUCAACUUGUGAAUCUGCAAGUUAUUUAUCUUGAUGGUAAUAACCUAACAGUGGAGCUAGAUGUGUUUCUUACUCUGAAAAAUCUUACUACUCUUGAGCUCUCAGUUGUACUUAAACCUCAGCAACAACCGUAUCCAAAGGCCCCUGCCUACAUGGAUAUGGAACAUGAGUACACAAACUCUAGACACCCUUGA